AAGCAACCCUUCCCUUCCAUUCCAUUCCUUGGCCACGUAACCCAAUUACCCAACGCAUCGAGGAGCGCACGAAGGCAACCGCCUUCCCAUCCCACCGGGCAUCGGCCCAUCUGAUCCGAUCAGGCUAGAUCCUGCCGGUGCCGGUCUUCGCGCCGCCUAUGGCCGAAGGCGACGCGCCCGCCCCCGCCGCGGCUGCAGCGGCGGCGUCCCCGCGGUCGCCCAUGCCGCAGGAGACGCCGGCGAUGCAGAAGCGGAGGCAGCGGGGGCUCGUGUCGCGGGUGUGGAAGGGCAUCUUCGGCGGCCGCGAGGACGUCGAGAAGCUGCUGCAGGCGCUGUCCAAGGAGGAGGAGGCCGUGCGGGCGCGCCUUCGCCGCCGGGCCCGCGCCUCCCGCCAGUCCGCGCACAACGUCCUCGCCCUCGCCGCCGCGCUCGAGAUUGUUGCCGUUGGAUACGCCAUCAUGACCACGAGAUCGCCGGACAUCAGCUGGCAGAUGAGGGCAGUCAGGGUGCUACCCAUGUUCUUGGUUCCUGCUCUAGCUGCUCUCAUCUACUCGACCAUUACAAGCCUCACGAAAAUGCUUGACAACAGAGACCAACAAACUCUUGAAAAGCUACGAACUGAAAGGCAAGCCAAGAUUGAUGAAUUGAAGGAGAGAACAAAUUACUACACUACUCAGCAACUUAUACAGAGAUAUGACCUUGACCCAGCUGCAAAGGCGGCAGCGGCAACAGUUUUGGCAUCAAAGUUGGGUGCGGAUUCUGGACUGAGAGUCUUUUUGGGAGAUGAAACAAGAAGGGAUGCAGCAAUAGGUAGAAGUAAUGAUAACAAUCUUGGACCAACUACUGGACUUAGGCAAAGAAAAGGACACGUAACCAAUGGUGCUGGAAGGGCCCAAUCCCUUGAGCCAUUUGAUGGCUCCAAUGUGUAUGAUGGCAGUGAUGAAGGCCCCAGCCCUCCUAAUCAGACUGUUGAGCACUUUAGAGGUCCAUCGGGUAAUGAUGGGGGUUGGCUUGCACGAGUAGCAGCUCUGCUUGUAGGAGAGGAUCCAACACAGUGCUACGCUCUAAUCUGUGGCAACUGCCAUAUGCAUAACGGUCUUGCGAGGAAAGAGGACUUUGCCUUCGUCACAUACUACUGCCCUCACUGUAAUGCCCUCAAUGGAUCCCGGCAACAUGAUGACCAUGAAUUGGUACCUGAUUCUGGCAAGGAGAGUCCUGAUUCUCAAUCUGGCGGAAUCAUUGGCCAAGCUGGUGCAAGCCUUGCAACCUCAGGUGCUGCGAGUCCUGUUGCAAGCAGCCUACCAACCCUUGAAGAACUCUCUGCAGAGGAAGAUUCUGGGGAGAAGGCGAGCAGUGACCAACCUGCCAAUUGAACUCAUCAUUUCCUGUAUAUUGUGUUCUUUGUGGAGUAUUGUUUUGGAUUUGACUCUGGGUAUCGAAAUUUUUGUACCUACCAUGUAGUAUAUAUGGACUACCAUGCUUCCUGCAUGGUUGUGGUGGUUUUUAUCGUGGCUUCCCCCCCUAGGGUACCAGGACAACGCCCAUUUGCUGGCGUCUUGUCGCAACCGAAGGUCUUGAACAGUGAUGCAUCAACUCACAAAUUGGAUGUAUUGUUCUUUGUUUAUGGAGUGUAUAGUAUUUGAAAGACUUUAGGCAUCGUUUUCAUUUUCAUUUUAAUUAUAACCGAGUUCUACGUUUACCGAUGCAUGACGCAUCAACUCACAAAGUGCCUUUGUUUUUCUG